CUGGCGGCCGGCGGGGAGCCGGAGUCUGCGCGGGCGCGGAUUUGGGCACGGACUGUCAGGGCAGGAAGCCGUGGUGACCAAGCUCGAGGACUGGUGCUUAGAAAUGAGGGCGCCCAGGGGAGGGUCACUGUGUCAGUCACCAGCCAUAGAUGCAUACCAGAUGGGCCUGCUGACCCGUCCAUGAGGCGGGCCCCCUGGCUGGGCCUGCGACCCUGGCUGGGCAUGCGCCUGUCUGUGCGUAAGGUGCUGCUGGCCGCCAGCUGUGCUCUGGCCCUGGUGCUCGCCGUGCAGCUUGGGCAGCAAGUACUGGAGUGCCGGGCGGUGCUCGGGGGCGCGCGGAACUCAGGGAGGAUGCGGCCGGAGCAGGAGGAACUGGUGAUGCUCGGCGCCGACCACGUGGAGUACCGCUACGGCAAGGCCAUGCCGCUCAUCUUCGUGGGCGGCGUGCCACGCAGCGGCACCACGCUCAUGCGCGCCAUGUUGGACGCACACCCGGAAGUGCGCUGUGGGGAGGAGACACGCAUCAUCCCUCGCGUGCUGGCCAUGCGGCAGGCCUGGACCAAGUCUGGCCGCGAGAAGCUGCGGCUGGACGAGGCAGGUGUGACGGAUGAGGUGCUGGACGCGGCCAUGCAGGCCUUCAUCCUGGAGGUGAUCGCCAAGCACGGCGAGCCGGCCCGCGUGCUGUGUAACAAGGACCCCUUCACACUCAAGUCGUCCGUCUACCUGGCACGCCUGUUCCCCAACUCCAAAUUCCUGCUAAUGGUGCGUGACGGCCGGGCGUCCGUGCACUCCAUGAUCACGCGCAAGGUCACCAUCGCAGGCUUUGACCUCAGCAGCUACCGAGACUGCCUCACCAAGUGGAACAAGGCCAUCGAGGUGAUGUACGCACAGUGCAUGGAAGUGGGCAGGGACAAGUGCCUGCCCGUGUACUAUGAGCAGUUGGUGCUGCACCCCCGGCGCUCACUCAAACGCAUCCUGGACUUCCUGGGCAUCGCCUGGAGUGACACAGUCCUGCACCAUGAGGACCUCAUUGGCAAGCCUGGGGGCGUCUCCUUGUCCAAGAUUGAGCGGUCCACAGACCAGGUCAUCAAACCGGUAAACUUGGAAGCUCUCUCCAAGUGGACUGGCCACAUCCCUAGAGACGUGGUGAGGGAUAUGGCCCAGAUUGCCCCCAUGCUGGCCCGGCUUGGCUAUGACCCGUAUGCAAAUCCGCCCAACUACGGGAACCCCGACCCCAUUGUCAUCAACAACACACACCGGGUCUUGAAAGGAGACUAUAAAACGCCAGCCAAUCUGAAAGGAUAUUUUCAGGUGAACCAGAAUAGCACCUCCCCACACCUGGGAAGUUCCUGAUUUCCAGUCCCUGCAGGGCUCAGACGCUCAGAGUCCUCGACCUGCACACGGAAGCUGGACUAACCCAAGCACAUGGCUUGCUCUCAGUCACGCCGGGCGGGGCCUGCCGGGUUGGAGCAUUCAUACAUCUCGGUGGAAGUGGGCUCGGAACCUCCGCUCCAGGGCGACACUGAGGAGGGAGAGACUACUUCCGCUUCAGAAACUUGGGAUUUUCUAAUUUUUCUCUCCUUGGGAACUUUUUUUUAAAGAAUUGAAUUUGCUAUCUUCCCUAAUGGACAGACCCCCUCGGUGACCUCAUCUCCUGGGACAAGACCCUAGACCCGUGCCUCUCCUUGACUGGACGCUGAACUCAAAGGAUCUAUUUAAGAGUUUAAUAUAUGGGCUCUCCUCGCUCUAGUCCUACUCAGUUUCACAAGAAAAGAAAUUAAUUAUUUGAAUAAAGUAGACAGGCUGCUGUCUGUGCCUUACUUCA